ACGAUGGCUGAGUCGUCAAAUGCCAGUGCCUCAGGCGCGCCGGAAUCAUGCGCCCAGUGCAACAAGACUUCGGAUGAAAAACCGCUGAAAGAGUGCAACAAAUGCCACAGCGUGUUGUACUGCGGCAAAGACUGCCAGAAGGCACACUUCAAAGCACACAAGAAAGCAUGCCCAUCUCUUGCGCAGGAGUACUCAAAAACGCAUGAGCCGAAGAUGGCAAGCAGAGCACCACCAAGAGCAGGAGAUAGAGCUAGUGGAUUGCAGAAGUGGCAGUUUGAUACUUGAAGGGUGAUAUGUGGAAACCGAAACUCAAGAACGGGCCUGUAUGGAAGGUUGCAUGCCUGGAGCUGGCUGGAUCAUACAUCUCAUUUGAUUGUACUGCAACCGAGGCUAAGGCCAUCUAUCAUCCGCCACAUCAUGUUCACUGCUUUGUGCAGCCGGCACGUGGAUCGACAUACACAUUAAAGCAAAUCGCUGCCUCCUCUAUACCACCUUCAAUGGCUUUCCGGAACAUUGCUUUAAUUACUUGCACAGUCUAUAUACACUCUGUCAGAGUCCCUUCUUGCCUGUUGACCUCUUCUUGUGUGCAUGCC